CAUCCCUCUCUUCUCUUUUAUCGUUCGCCGAAAAAAUUUGUUAUCCCCUUUCAUCUCAGAAUCUUUCGGAGAGAGAGAGAGAGAGGCUCAAACCUAGUUCCCGUAUCGCGGAGCGCACGUUAGCAUUAAUCGUGAGGAGAAGGCAAAAAGCCAUAAUGCCGGGAGGGCUUGUGGAAGGAGUUGGUUUACCUCAGCAGAAAUCCUUGGACGGCAUAGUCUUCCCCGCAGUCGUCUAUCCUGAUCCCCCCGUUGCAUUCAAUCUCUCCCGAUUCUUGAAGAGCAUACAAGAUCACAAGCCAUGGCUGGAAGGUCUGCUUCACUCGAGCGGAGCGAUUCUUCUCAGAGGUUUCCCUGUAAGCUCAGCUUCGGACUUCAAUGCCGUUGUCGAGGCUUUCGGUUACAAGGAGCUACCAUAUGUCGGUGGAGCUGCUCCCCGAACCAACGUCAUCGGAAGAGUCUUUACGGCGAAUGAAUCCCCACCUGAUCAGAAGAUCCCGUUUCACCAUGAAAUGGCUCAGGUGCCAGAGUUCCCAUCAAAAUUGUUUUUCUUUUGUGAAGAGGAGCCAGCAUGUGGGGGAGAAACUCCCAUUGUUCUCAGUCAUCUUGUCUAUGAGAAGAUGAAACAGAGAUAUCCGGAAUUUGUUGAGAGAUUGGAGGAGUUUGGUCUUCUUUACACAAGGAUAUUAGGGGCUGGAGAUGACCCUUCUUCUCCCAUCGGCCGUGGUUGGCAAUCCACCUUCUUAACCAAUGACAGAAGCAUAGCCGAGGAAAGGGCUGCCCGGCUGGGCAUGAAGUUGGAUUGGAUAGAGGAAGGUGUGAAAACAGUAAUGGGUCCAAUACCAGCUAUUAAAUUUGACAAGAGUAGGGGACGCAAAAUCUGGUUUAAUAGCAUGGUGGCUGCUUAUACAGGGUGGAAAGAUGCACGCAAUGAUCCUGAAAAGGCUGUAACCUUUGGAGAUGGGACACCAUUGCCAGCUGAUAUUAUCUACGACUGCCUGAGAAUCCUGGAUGAGGAAUGUGUUGCCAUCCCUUGGCAUAAAGGUGAUGUUUUGCUGCUUGAUAACUUGGCAGUCCUUCAUUCUAGACGAUCAUUUGAUCCACCCCGCCGUAUACUGGCUUCACUCUGUAAGUAAGGGGAUUGUAAUCUCAAUGUACUAGCUCCUGCUUGUAGGAUUAACUGCCCCUUUUACAGCUCCACCCACAUGAGAGAAUAUAUGCAAUUCACAUCUCAUUUUCUUGAGCCUCUGAAUACCUGUAUCCUAGCAUUGGCAGGGGUCUGACCUCAAAAUACUACUAUGCAUGCUCUGUAUCUAUAACAAAUUACUUUUAAGUUAA